GCCCCAUCAAGAGGUGGGGCCAACGCGGCAGAGGAGGGCGGAUGACACCAAGGUGGCAGUUUUUGUAGACAGGAGCUGGACCGUGGCGCCAACUGAAGCGCCUCUUCCCGGGUUGGUGGCACCGAACGUGUUUUACGGAAGCGAACACGGGACGAAGGGAACGAGCUAUGAAAGUUAAAGGCUCCUCAGGAUCACGGAGAACGGCUCCCCGAACGCGAGCACGCUGAAGGGAUGCCACAGCAUGUGGGACACGUGGACAGCUGAAAGAGCUAAAGCGAAUCUGAGUCCAUGGUUGUACGGGGAGGACGGUGUGGAUAGCGCAGCAAGAGAGCUGACUCUGUUUAUGGCGUCGAGGUGUUUAGUGCACAAAAACCAGAGCCAAAUGGUGAAGGGGUACCUCGCGGCUAUCAAGUACUUCCAUAAACUGUACGCAAGCUGGGAGCUGCUCACGUCGCACUUCAGGGUGGUAGCUGUUGGGAACGCAAUAGACAGACUGCAUGCGAGGGCAGAGACGAAAGAAACCGUUGGGAAGGAGGCGAAGGCGCUAAUUCUGAAGCUUUAG